CGGAACCUUCCCUUCCACCUCGGGUUUGUGCCGAGACAAGCGCUGCCAAGACGGAAGUAGAGUGGGGCGUGUGGGCGGAGCUAAGUGCAGCCAUGUCGGCGGCCCUGCUGCGGCGGGGCCUAGAGCUGCUGGGGGUGCCCGAGGCCCCCGGGGCCUCGGCAGGACCGGCCAAGCCAAGCGGGCCUCCAGGGAAACGGACCCGGAAGGCAAAGGUGACCCAGGCCGGGAAACUGCGGAACUCGGCUAAAGGAAAAGUGCCCAAGUCGGCGCUGGCUGAGUUCCAGAAGCGAGAGCAUCGAGGCUACCUUGGAGUGAACCUAAAGUUUAUGACCAGUGCAAGAAGUACCGUGGCUGAGUCCAUCACCCAGCAGAUUGUGUGCCAGAAUCGGGGUCGCAAGGCCUGUGACCGGCCUGUGGUCAAGAAGAAGAAGAAGGCGGCCGAGGGCACCGUGUUCACUGAGGAAGACUUCCAGAAGUUCCAGCAGGAGUACUUCGGCAGCUAGGCUCCCAGGAGGGCACAGUGGGCUAGGCACUCAGGCCCAGCCCCCUCCUCUGACCUCACAGCCUCUGCUGCACCCAGGACCCUGCCAUGCAUCCGGGGUCCAGCCUGCCUCAAGGAAGCCCUGGAGCUGAAGCCAGGGGGAGGCUGGAAUGGAGCUGGUGAGCUGGAAGCCCUGGGGAGGAUUUACACUCAGACCGGAGCUAAAACCUGCAGGCUUGGGAGGAGCUGUCUACUUGCCAGAAAGGAACAUUUCUGUUUUGUUUGCUUUGGCCCAAGUGGGGCCUCUGGACUGUUUGCUGUGGAGAGACCAGUUACUGGGCCCUCGGGGGCCACACCUCUAGGAGUAGGAGGAGGGCUGCUGGGUGGACGUCCAGGUUCUAAUAAAUUUGGGCCCAAGAGCUGUGUGUGUGCUGCUGA